AUGUCGGCUGGGAAGAAUUCGGAAGAGGCUCAGGCACGCCGGGAAGCUGUUCAAAAUGCGCCUCGACAGCAGCUGCCGUCACUGAGUAGCAUAUUUGGUCCGCCUAGCCAGAUGCGACCUCUGCAUUCGCCUCUGUCAGACCGACCGAGCCCUCUGCGAUCUCCAUUGGAUAGACCAGCUUCUGCAUCUGCGAAGUCAGACAGAUCUUACUCUAACUCUUAUUUCCCAAGUGUACCAACCCCGGCAGCACAGUCGCGCAGCGUCUACGAUCCAAGGGUUGAGCAUGAGCGAACAUCUCUGCCUGCGGUCACACCUCGAUUCCCGGGGCCUUUUUCACCCAGGAACCGUGAAUUCGACUCUUUAACUCAUGGUGGCUCUCGACACGACUCUGCUUCAAGCUCAAGGUGGUCAAGUCAGUCAAGUCACCCAGACUCGAGGAGACCCGAGUACGUCUUUGGCACGCGAGAGCCGGCAGCGUUUCGGCCUGUUAACGACAGACUUCCAUUCCCGUCUCUCAGUCGCAAGUCUAGCCACGAGUCGCUCGGGGGAUACAGGGACGGAUACAGAGACCAGAGCCAAACGCAUAUGUCAUCCGGCCCUUCGUCUGGUAUUGGAGCAGGUACCUCGUCGGAAGCAGUCCCGGUGAAGGAUGGACUUGGCCCAAAGAUCUGGACGGGGACGCACUUCUUACCUCGAUUUGUACGACAAGCAGAGGUGCCUGGCGAAGGUCUGUGCUACUUCUACGACGAUGGUACACAUUGCAAAUCAGUCAUCGAUGGAGAGCAGGUGAACGCACAUUGGGGCGUGACCAAAGCUGGGAAGCCGAGAAAACGACUUGCUAUCGCAUGCUUGACGUGUAGGGAGAAAAAGAUCAAGUGCGAUCCAGACUUCCCUCGUUGCGUACAAUGUGAAAAGUUUGGUAGGGUGUGCAAGUUCAAGAACGCACCACGAGGUGGACACAACACUUCCCCGACUGCCUCACCAGGACUUCACACCGAGACGAGACAGCUGGACUCGCGACACAGAGAUGCUGAGCCAAGGAGGGCGAGCAGCACGUCGAGCGCCUCCGUAUCCCCCAGAACGACAACAUUGUCUCACCCCUCUCCAGAGCUGGCCGGCCUGCCUACCAAGAGGCUACGCCUAGGGUUUGAGCAAUAUAAGCCACCUGGCAACGAUUCGGUGCACUCAUACCACUCGUCUGAGGCGAACCAGGCUAGUUUAUCAUGGCAGCAACGCGAACUGCCUCGUGUCCAUGAAAACCUUCUUUCUCGACCUUGGCAGACUGGCUCUAUUUCAGUCAUGGCUCUGGAAUCCAACUAA